AUGGCUAGGACUAAGCAGACAGCCCGUAAAUCAACUGGUGGUAAAGCACCCAGAAAGCAACUCGCCUCUAAGGCUGCAAGAAAAACUGCCCCUGUUACAGGAGGUGUCAAGAAACCACAUAGGUAUCGUCCAGGAACUGUUGCUCUCAGAGAAAUUAGGAGGUACCAAAAGUCCACUGAACUUUUGAUCAGAAAACUGCCAUUCCAAAGAUUGGUCCGUGAAGUCGCUCAGGACUUCAAAACCGAUUUGAGGUUCCAAUCAAGUGCAGUUCUCGCUCUCCAAGAAGCAGCAGAGGCAUACCUUGUUGGUCUCUUCGAAGAUACCAACUUGUGUGCUAUCCACGCAAAGAGAGUCACCAUCAUGCCAAAGGAUGUUCAUUUGGCCAGGAGACUCAGAGGAGAGAGAGCUUAA